AUGACCAACAAGGAAAAGCAAAUUGAUGCUCAUGUGGACGUUCCUAUACUCAAUCCCGUACCAUCCAAUCAGGCUGCUCGACUGUCCAUUCUUUACAAAUAUUUUCCUUCCCCGCUGAUCCCUUUGAACAAGAACGGUAAAUGGGCUUGCAGCCACCAGCUAGACGAACGGUGUAAUAGUUGGUUUCUCACGCUAGUUGCAUUCAGAUGCAUGCAUCUGCAUCAAUGA